CUCUUCCAGAGCACGCUGGGGAGCAUGGUCAGCAUUUACAGCGAGGCCGGCGACUUUGGCAACGUUGCGGUCACCGGGGGAAUCUCCUUCUCCCUGAGCUACGAGGAGAAGACGCAGACCUUGUUCAUCCACGUGAAGGAGUGUCGCCAGCUGGCCUACGGGGACGAGGGCAAGAAGCGCUACAACCCGUACGUGAAGACCUACCUCCUGCCCGACAAAUCCCGGCAAGGGAAACGCAAGACGACCAUCAAACGCAACACUAUCAACCCGCUGUACAACGAGCUGCUGAAGUAUGAGAUUAGCAAGUCCCUCCUGCUUGCAAGGACGCUGCAGUUCUCGGUCUGGCACCACGAUCGCUUUGGCCGAAACACGUUCCUGGGGGAGGUGGAGGUCCCGCUGGACGCCUGGAACUUCGAGAGCCAGCUGGAGGAGUUUCUGCCGCUGCAUGGCAAGAUUGGGGCGGAUGCUGCUGGUCUCCACCAGUACAAGGGGGAGCUGGUCGUCUCCAUGAAGUACAUCCCAUCUUCCAAGCACCCUGGGACUGGGAACGGCAGGAAGGGCAAAACAGGGGAAGGCGGUGAGCUCCAGGUCUGGAUCAAAGAAGCCAAGAACCUCACGGCUGCCAAAUCUGGGGGGACCUCAGACAGCUUUGUCAAGGGCUACCUUCUGCCACACAAAAACAAAGCCUCCAAGAGGAAGACGCCCGUGGUGAAGAAGACCCUGAACCCUCAUUACAAUCACACCUUUGUCUACAAUGGCAUCAACCCCGAGGACCUGCAGCACAUCUGCCUGGAACUGACAGUCUGGGACCGGGAGCCACUGUCCAGCAACGACUUCCUCGGGGGUGUCCGUCUGGGGGUGGGCAAUGGCAUGAGCAACGGGCAGGCUGUGGACUGGAUGGACUCCAUGGGCGAGGAGCUGAACCUGUGGCAGAAGAUGUGCCAGUACCCAGGCUCAUGGGCGGAGGGGACGCUCCAGCUCCGCUCCACCAUGGCCAAGCUGAGGCCGUAGGCUGCGGUACCGGCACCGGGACUCAGCUGAGGGCUGGCACCGCUGCUCAAGAGCUGCACUCGCAGCAUGGUCUGGCAGGGCUGCCAAACAUGGGGUGUUUUUCCUUCGCUUAUACUUUAAUAAACAUGACCUUCUCUAAA